UUUUUUCUCUCUCAUUUGUGGUUUGUAUCUCAUGAAGUGUGAUGUUUCUAGGGUGAAACUGGUGGAGAAAUGCCUGGAAGAUGUAAAGGCAAAACAGGAAACUAUUUAGUCUGCCGGCAGCACAAGAGAUUACAUUGAAUACAGUUUUUUGUUUGUUUUUUUGUUGUUUUUUUUCUGCACAACCUUAAAUGAAGAAUCUUAAAUUGCAUUCCAGAAGCAGAAUUGACUCCCUGCCUGUGGUCCCAUUCGCAGACGUGCCAAGUCGCCAGAGAAUUGCAGUGAAUUAUUUAAAGGCCAAGACAAAUAAAUGUGAGGGUGAACUUUCAAGUUGAUAUUUUAUAACAUUCAACAGCACUCCUUCUUCUGGCAGCCGUCAGAUGACGUCCAAUUUUACAAACCAAACUGGCUUCCAGAGUAAAACAUCCAGAUGUUGGUGGGUUCCACUGAUCACGGCUGCUGGAUAACUGGCCUCCUGGCGGCAGCAGUGAAACGUUAGCAUGUAGCUGGUGGGUAUUUUCCACCCAAAAACGAAUAUAAUGUGGAACCACUUCUCUCACCACAGGAGAAAGGAACCACUGUAAGAUAUAAAUCCCUUCAGCUUUCUCCCCGAAAAAUGCAUGUUUUAUAACAAAUCUUUUCUAAAUGUGUUUUCAAUCAUUUAUUCCUACUACUUAACGUCUAAUAAACUGGUGUGAAAUCCAUCAUUUGAGGCAUUGCAUUACAUCUGAUGUCUGACAAUAGUUUCACUUGCACUUGCUGCAGAGACUGAUGCAAUUAUUUUUUUGGUAUGUCAUGUCAGAAACUUAGCUGUGCUAUUGAUCCUUCAUGUGUAUAGUCUUUGAUUUGGUCACUUCCACAUGCUUGGUCAGACACCAAUGUCUAAAUCCUUGUAGAGCGGUGUUUCUCCAAGCACAAAGAAGAUCAUCUUGUGAGUCGCUGGGCUGUGAGUGGAUGAAGAACCAUGGUUGUGAGACCUGUGCAGGUGUUCUUAUCUAUGACACAUGUGACACCUUUAACUUUGAAAUAAAUUUAUGUAUUAUUUGUGAUUCAUAUGUUUGCAUUUAUUUGUGUUUUGCAUUAGCUCUCGGGCCAAACCAGGACUUCAGCCAGUUUGAAGAGCGUCAACUGCAUUUUACUCAACAUCCGGAUUAAUAUCAGGAAAAAAGUCAGUUUUCAGUUUGCACAGACAGAAAGCGACACAGGCUGUGUGGAAGAAUGGAUCUCUGAGCGGACACUGCAGCAGCAAACACAAGCAGCAGGUGAGGUGGUGGUUCGCAGACCAACAUGACAGCCAACAAGAGUUCCAAGGCUGUGCCUCGUGCAGGAGGGGGUAAAACUUCCCGAGAAGCCCCCGAAAGGUGCCGGUCCACAUCACCGUGUCCUGUUCUCUCGGGCAGCCAGGGGCAGAGCCAGCAGCCGCUCCUCAGCGACGGUGACUCUGGGAAGCAGGCGAGGUACGUCCGCACUGACGGCAGAUUCCUGGUACGUACUGGCUGGAAGAGCAAGACAGCCAGCUUGUGCAGCGGUGCAUUACUCACAGGUGACUCUGAGUUCCAAGGCCGUCUGGUCAAGUCAAAGAGCAUCAGCUGUCUGGACAACAGGCUCUCCAUCUACAAGCCCCCAGGUCAAACUAAAACCUGUCAGGACAGUCACGGUGCCCAGGAAGAGAGGGACAAACAAGGGGAUCACUCUGUGGGAAGUGGACUUAAUGGAAGGCCACUAACCUGGAGCACACUGUCACUGGGACCUUCCUCUGUCCAAAGCCACAAACGUACCCUCUCACUCACGCGCUCCGUAGCAGGUGUUCCCCCCGCCACCAUCCGUAAAAAGAUCUCAGAAUGGGAGUGCAGAAGGGUUUCUCUGCCUAGGAUGAGCUUGUGUCUGGAUAAAAGAGGAGGAGAGCGUGUAGGAGGCAGCGAGGGCUGCCCAAGUCUGCUCUCUUCUCCCUGCAGUGAGAAAACCUUUGACUUUAAGGGAGCUCGCAGGAUGAGCACAGCCUUCUCUGAAUGCUCCUACACAGAGACGGAGGCAGAAGAAGGAGUUUCAGACAAAGACAACCUCGGUCGCUUCCAGAAAAGGAUCGGUAAGACGGAGUCUUCUGGAACAUUUGUGCGUUCCCUAUCUGCUCGGAAGGAGACAUCAGCCGUCCUCAAUAGGAUACAAAAGAUAGAGCAGGCCCUGAAAGAGAAUCCCAGUCCUCCCCCUCCACGUUAUCUGAGUAAUUGCUAUGCUCCAGACAAGACAAGACAGAGGUCUUUUGUGAUAGGUGAUGGCUUGGACAGCACAUGCACCAGUAAGCGCAGCAGUAUUUGCUCAGUGGCCACUGAGCCAGAUGCUGUGUUGGUGUCCGAUAAGCUCUCUAAACUCAGACAAAGGUUUAGUGUGAGCUCGGUCAGGUCCGAGAGCCCAGAACCACCCAACAGUCAACAGGCCACUGUUGCCACACCAGUCAAUCCUUUACCCAAACCCAAACGCACUUUUGAGUAUGACGCCAAACGGGACCAGGAGGCCACGCCGCCCGCCAAUGGACUACCUCCAAACAGAGGCUCCGAGUCUCCGCCUCCUCUGCCCUCCACCCCUGCACCCAGUGCGACGCGGACAGCAAAGACCCCGGGGAGCAAGUCCACGAAAAACCACGACAGAGAGUCAUGUGAGUCGGAGGAUGCUGCGAGCCCGCCGUCUUCUUCACCGACAGAAAACGGCACUCUGACCACAGACACACAGAAUCGACCCAGUUCCAAAAGCACUUUAGAGGAGAAUGCCUAUGAGGAUAUAGUAGAGAAGGAGAACCCAUACGAGGACGUGGACCUGAAGAGGAAGAACAUGGGUCGAAAGUCUUGCCUGUUGGAGAUCAACAGACCCUGGACUGCCGCAGACAGGAAGCUGAACUCUCCGCCUCAGUUACCUUCCAAACCCAGUAGCCAGUCGCUUCAGCUCUCCAGUCAGAGUGAGAAGAGGAGCCACCGGAUGUCACAGUUAUCCAAACGCUACAGCCACGAUGAACUGCUGCUGGCUGUGACAUCGCCGUCGCCCUGUGCUCUGCUGGACGACGGCCUCUGCGGCACGAGUGACACUCUUGCCUCGCAGAGGCACUGGAGGAUCCCCAAGCUGGUCCAGAGGAUCAACUCCAUUUACUGCACUAAACGUGGGAAGAAGAGGCUAAAGAAGCUGUCCAUGUCCAAUGUGGAGACUGUGUCUCUGAGAGAUGACAACAGCGAGAGUGAGAGCGACUCUGACGACAGGUUCAAAGCUCACACGCAGCGGCUGCUGAAGCUGCAGUCAAUCCUCCGCCGGGCCCCUAGCUACCGCACCCUGGAGCUGCAGCUCAUUGAGUGGCAGGAGAGAGAGCUCUUUGAGUAUUUUGUGGUCGUUUCACUGAAGAAGAAACCCAGCAAAAACGCCUUCUCCCCCGAGGUCACGUACCAGUUCCCCAAGCUAGAACGGCCCACCAAGCAGAUGAGGGAGGCGGAACAGAGGCUCAAAGCCAUUCCUCAGUUUUGUUUCCCAGAUGCAAAAGACUGGAAUCCCGUCUCUGAAUACAACAGCGAGACCUUCUCCUUCAUGUUGACUGGAGAGGACGGCAGCAGGAGGUUUGGGUACUGCAGACGCCUGCUGCCAACUGGGAAAGGGCCUCGCCUACCAGAGGUGUACUGCGUCAUCAGCAGGCUGGGCUGUUUUGACUUGUUCUCCACGAUCCUGGACGAGGUGGAGAGGCGGAGAGGCGUCUCAGCCGCACUGGUCUAUCCGUUCAUGAGGAGUCUGAUGGAGUCGCCCUUCCCUGCACCAGGGAAGCUUAUCAAAGUCAAGACCUUUCUGCCUGGUGCAGGAAAUGAGGUCAUCGAGCUGAGACGGCCCACCGACUCCAGGCUGGAGCACGUGGACUUUGACAGUCUGUUCCGCUGUCUCAGCGUACGGCAGGUGGUUCGGGUGUUUGCCUCGCUGCUGCUGGAGCGCAGAGUCAUCUUUGUGGCGGAUAAACUCAGCACCCUGUCCAGCUGCAUGCAUGCAGUGGUGGCGCUGCUCUACCCGUUCUCCUGGCAACACACUUUCAUCCCAGUGCUGCCAGGAUCCAUGCUGGACAUCGUGUGCUGUCCCACUCCCUUCCUGGUGGGGCUGCUGUCCAGCUCGCUGCCUAAACUUAAAGAGUUACCUGUGGAAGAGGCGUUAAUGGUCGACCUCGGAACUGACCGAUUCAUCCGACAUAUGGAUGACGAGGCCUCGCUGUUGCCGCGGAAACUUCAAGCGGCUCUUGAGCAAGCUCUGGAGCAGAGGAAUGACAUCAUCAAUCAGGACUCUGACAGCGAGUCCGAUGAAGAGUAUAACUCCUUGAACAGCCUGGUGUCCGAGGCCUUCAUCCGCUUCUUCCUGGAGACCGUCGGCCAUUACUCCCUGUUUAUCACUCAGAAUGAGCGCGGAGAGCGGAUUCUCCAAAGGGAGGCCUUCCGCAAGUCGGUGGCGUCCAAAAGCAUCCGCCGUUUCCUCGGCGUCUUCAUGGAGUCUCAGAUGUUUGCCGGGUUCGUUCAGGAUCGAGAGCUGAGGAAAACGCGGGCUAAAGGUCUGUUUGAGCAGAGGGUGGACCAGUAUCUGGAGGAGCUGCCAGACACGGAGCAAAGUGGAGUCAACAAGUUCCUGAAAGGCCUCGGGAACAAAAUGAAGUUUCUCCACAAAAAGAACUGAGGCCAACGCUUCUUCCUGUUUCUAAGUCGCUCUGAAGACAGAUCUGAAGACGCGGCGUCUCGAGCCUCUGCGUCGUCGCGGCGAUUCGCAACCUUUGUAAACAUGUACAUAUCGUUCUACUGUAAGCUGGCUGCGAUGCUCUCCCUUGUAUGUUUAUAGUAUUCUAUGAGAUAGUGAUAGCAGGACGGUACACGGCCGCUGAGCUGUAGAGUAACCACUGUUGUUGUGAGGAGUGUUUUCAGAGUGUAUGUUAUUGAUAUGGGCAUAGAUGUACAGUUCGUAUGUAUUCAUAUGUCUCUCUUUUUUUUGUAUUUGCAUUAAUUCACAUCAGCCUCUGUUUAAGGAGUGUAAGACCUAUUUCGAAAACUGUACAUGGCACCAAGACAAUGAAGAAAAUGAUUGUAACUCUUCAUAGAGUCUCCUGCAAUAUUGUAUUAAAUGUGGUAGUUAAAAAUG